UUCCCGGUAGGCGGUGGUAUACGUAUUCCGCGACGGCUGCAGCACGACGCCGCAUAGAGCCCUUCCCGACGUGCCGUGCGAGACGCCGCUGGAGGCGAGGCCGGCUGAGGGCGGACUGAAGCGGGAAGGUGCGGACGUGAGGCAUGAGCGGCCCCCUCACCCGGUGGACUCACGUCCUGCCGCCUCCCGGAACGAGGGGAGCGCGGCGCACGGCCUAGCGGGCUGCAUCGAGAGCCCUCGGCGUUCGCUGAGGUGGUGCGGCCGCCAUGGAGGUGAGCGGGCCGGAAGACGACCCUUUCUUGUCGCAGAUGCGCCAAGUGCAGUGCCCCGUGUGCCAGCAGAUGAUUCCCGCAGCACACAUCAACGCACACCUUGACCGCUGUCUGCUGCUUAACCCCGCAGGGCACGCGGAGCCCGCGGCCCGGCCGCACCGCGCGGGAGAGCGGCCCAAGGGGCUCUCGCCGCCCAGUACCAAGAGGCGGCGGCUCUCCGAGAGCUCAGCACUGAAGCAGCCCGCCACUCCGACGGCGGCCGAGAGCAGCGAAGGCGAAGGUGAGGAAGGUGACGACGGCGGAGAGACUGAGAGCCGGGAGAGCUACGACGCGCCGCCCACACCCAGCGGCGCUCGUCUAAUUCCGGACUUCCCGGUAGCGCGCUCCAGCAGCCCGGGGAGGAAUAGCUCGGGGAAGAGACCCGCCGCUGCGGCCGCCGCAGGUAGCGCGUCUCCGCGCAGCUGGGACGAGGUAGAGGCACAGGAGGAAGAAGAAGCGGUGGGCGAUGCUGAUGCGGACGCUGAUGCGGACGGCGAAGACGACCCGGGCCACUGGGAUGCCGACGCCGCUGCUUUUGGGGCCUGCGGCGGAGGCCGCCCGCACUCAAGGGCGCUGGCGGCAGAGGAGAUUCGGCAGAUGCUGGAAGGCAAGCCGCUGGCCGACAAGAUGCGUCCGGACACGCUUCAGGACUACAUUGGGCAGAGCAGAGCUGUGGGGCAGGAGACGCUGCUCAGGUCCCUCUUGGAGAUGAACGAAAUCCCCUCGCUCAUCCUUUGGGGGCCGCCGGGCUGCGGCAAGACCACCCUGGCUCACAUCAUAGCCAGCAACAGCAAAAAACAUAGCAUAAGGUUUGUGACAUUGUCUGCAACAAAUGCCAAGACAAAUGAUGUGCGAGAUGUCAUAAAACAAGCUCAAAAUGAAAAGAGCUUUUUCAAAAGGAAAACCAUACUUUUUAUUGAUGAGAUUCAUCGGUUCAAUAAAUCUCAGCAGGACACGUUCCUUCCUCACGUGGAAUGUGGGACAAUCACUCUGAUUGGGGCAACCACGGAAAACCCAUCCUUCCAAGUCAAUGCUGCUCUUCUGAGUCGCUGUAGGGUUGUUGUUCUUGAGAAGCUUCCAGUAGAGGCAAUGGUGACUAUUUUAAUGCGAGCAAUCAACUCACUGGGCAUCCACGUCCUUGAUCCCAGCCAUCCUACUGACCCUUUGAGCCACAGCAGCAACAGCAACUCUGAGCCCUCCGUAUUCAUAGAGGAUAAAGCAGUAGACACUCUGGCUUAUCUCAGUGAUGGAGAUGCCCGAGCUGGAUUGAAUGGACUGCAGCUGGCAGUACUGGCCCGGUUAAGCUCUAGAAAGAUGUUUUGUAAGAAGAGUGGGCAAACCUAUUCUCCUAGUAGAGUUCUGAUCACUGAAAAUGAUGUGAAGGAAGGCCUCCAGAAAUCUCACAUUUUGUAUGAUCGAGCAGGAGAAGAACAUUACAACUGCAUCUCUGCACUUCAUAAGUCGAUGCGGGGCUCAGACCAGAGCGCCUCCCUCUACUGGCUGGCACGCAUGCUUGAAGGAGGAGAGGACCCACUGUAUGUGGCAAGGAGGCUUGUGAGGUUUGCCAGUGAGGACAUAGGUCUGGCCGACCCAUCUGCACUAACACAAGCAGUUGCUGCCUACCAAGGCUGUCAUUUUAUAGGCAUGCCUGAAUGUGAGGUGCUUCUGGCCCAGUGUGUAGUCUAUUUUGCCAGAGCUCCAAAGUCUAUUGAGGUAUAUAGUGCCUACAACAAUGUCAAAGCCUGCCUGCGAAACCACCAGGGGCCUCUGCCCCCAGUCCCACUGCAUCUGAGGAAUGCGCCAACCAGACUGAUGAAGGAUUUGGGCUACGGCAAGGGCUACAAGUACAACCCCAUGUAUAGCGAGCCUGUGGACCAGGAAUACCUGCCAGAAGAAUUGAGAGGAGUGGAUUUUUUUAAACAAAGGCGAUGUUGACUCUUUUACGCUAUGACGGUGGAAGAAUGUUACUUUUUUUCCUCCCUUUCUUAAAAGAAAUGGCCAGAAAGAGAGUAAAUGGAUUGUGACGUUGGUUAUCUGGUAGGAGUUAAAACAGACCAACUUUUUGUACCAGAAAUUUGAGAGUUCCUUAGGUGAAGGCACAGUUACUUCAACUAAAUGUAAUGUUGAAAUUGUGUUCAUUGCACUCUGCAGUGGUUAUGCUUAUGAAAGUAUCUGGCAGCUUUGUGCAAUGAAUUAAUGUUAUAAGGAAUUAUCUAUUUUGUCAAAGUAUUUAAGUCAUAAUGUCACUUCAGAAUUCAGUUCUGUAGGAUUUUUUUCCUUUAAAAAUGUAUAUUCUGGGUAGUUUUAAUUGGUAAAAAAAAUUAAUUGUGAUUUAAUACUGCAUAGUGUUGGGGGUAUUUUUUUUAUAUGCAAAGGUCUUACAAGCCAAUAAAACUAUUUCAAAGUACUCUUAAA